UGCUCGGCUUGGACUGGCCGGUUGAAGAACCGUCAGUCUCGACACCAGACCCUCCGUCGCCGUUCGCAACCGCCACAAUGGCGCCAAACCCUCAGCUCACAUACGUGGAUCGUGUGGUCAUGGAGAUUAUCGAGACGGAGCGGAUGUACGUCAGGGAUCUGCGCAGCAUCGUAGAGGAUUAUCUUGUGCACAUCAUUGACACCAGGGACCUUCCCAUCAAACCAGAGCAAGUGUGUUUGCUGUUUGGGAAUAUUGAACACAUUUACGAGUUCAACAGUGAGUUAUUACAGUCUUUAGACAUGUGUGCCAGUGAUCCUGUGUCCAUCGCACGCUGCUUUGUGGACAAGAGCGAGUAUUUUGAGAUCUACACGCAGUACUGUACAAACUACCCAAAGUUGGCGCUGUUGACAGACUGUCUGAGGAAUAAAACUCUGGCCAAGUUCUUCAGGGAUCGGCAGGCGUCGCUCAAGCGCUCUCUUCCGUUGGGUUCUUACCUGCUCAAACCAGUUCAGAGGAUCCUCAAAUAUCACCUGCUGCUUCAGGAAAUCGCUAAGCACUUCGACCCUGAGGAGGACGGGUACGAUGUGGUGAUCGAGGCCAUAGACAGCAUGACCGGAGUCGCCUGGUACAUCAACGACAUGAAGAGAAAACACGAGCACGCCGUGAGACUUCAGGAGAUCCAGUCUCUGCUCAUAAACUGGAAGGGUCCGGAUCUGACCACAUACGGUGAGCUGGUUCUGGAAGGAACGUUUCACGUCCACCGCGCUAAAAACGAGAGAACCCUCUUCCUGUUCGAUAAGAUGCUGCUCAUCACCAAGAAACGAGGGGAACAUUACGUCUACAAGACUCACAUCUCGUGUUCCACACUGAUGCUGAUAGAAAGUGCCAAAGAUUCUCUGCGCUUCAGCGUGACGCAUUACAAGCACCCCAAGCAGCCGCACACGGUUCAGGCCAGAACGGUGGAAGAGAAGAAACUGUGGGCUCAUCACAUAAAGAGACUCAUUCUGGAGAACCAUCACGCCAUUAUCCCGCAGAAAGCCAAAGACGCAAUCCUGGACAUGGACUCGACAUGUCCAGUGAAGUACCGCUACAGUCCGGACAGACUGAAGAAAGCGGCGUCCUGUCAAAAUGAAGAUUUCUCCGGUGUGUUAAAGGAACGGAGACGCUCUGAACCGGCUAAACGAACUGUACGAAGCACUAAAGGCACGCUUAAGCAUGCAGACAGCGAAGGUACUCUAUUAGUGGAUAAAGACCAUCUUUCCAUACUGCCCACAACCGUGAGCUCAAACCCAGAACUCAAGACUGCGGUACCUGGAAUGAUUCAGAACGGACAAGAUCAUGAAUCCAGCACAGGCUCGCUGGAUGACAGUAGGCUUGAAGAGAAAGCAAGGAGAGCAGAGGACAGAAUAGGAGGAGAUAAUGGAGAAGAGGAAGAUCUGAUGGGAGUCGAGCAGGUAGCAGACUUUGCCAGUUCAGUGUUGGCCGCCAUCUCCUGCUGGCAUCAUAGGGCUAAGGCUUUGCUUUUCGAUCAGAUCACCACGGACAGAGAAGGUUGUUGGGAAAAUUGGCCAAUAAACAAAAGCAGCCAAAUACCCACUAAAGAAAAGCCUGAUGAUACGAGUAAAAGUUUGACUCUCUUUGAACAGAGCUCAACUGGGGAACGCAGUUCACAGAAGGUCUUUUCUUCUCUCAGAGAGUCAGAGGAGACAGGGGUGAACCAAUCAGAUAAUUAUCCCAAAAUGUGUGGGACAAUAAUGGCAGGAUGCCACACUGAUCCAGAGAUAGUAGACUUCAAUAAUGGAGGACGAGAAAUCGGAGAUAAUGUUGAGGACAGUGUGGAUUUCUCAUCUCCUGCUGGACUAGAAGAGCACCAAAAGGAAGGGACUUCAUCCAGCAGGAACCUCUCAGAAGAUGUGCAGAACAUGGAGGUAGAUGUGGACGUUGAAGCACCUGGUGGCCUCUUGUCUUCAUCCAUACUGGACAAGGUAAGCGAUAUCUCAGAGCGAUGUGCCAGCAGCCUCUCUCGAAGAAGUAGUCUAGGAGUCGAAGCGUCUUUUGACUUGGGCUGCCCGUCUUCUCUGUCGGAAAGUAGAAGAAGCAGUUUGCUCAGCAGUGGUGCUGAGCCCCACAAGAAAGACAAAGGCCUAGAGUUUAGACGGUCCACUCCAGAACCAUUAACAGAGACCGUUCCCGACAGCCUGUCUAUACCAGACCAAAGAUCUCAAAUGAAACAGGAUACUCUUUCCAAAAAGGACCGAUUGCUCAUACAUAAGAUUCGACGGUACUACGAACAUGCUGAGCACCAGGAUGCCAGCUUUGCCGUCAAACGCAGAGAGAGCCUUUCAUACAUCCCUGCAGGCCUAGUCCGUAAUCUGAGCCAACAACUUGAUGACCUUGCAGACCAGGAUUUGGCAUUGCAUAAGAGGGCGUCUUCCAUCACAAGGCCAACUUUAUGGUCUGUCUUUAAUAUAUCAGGCUUGGGGGUUGACAAGAAAGCAAAGGAUAGCUCUGAUUUUGUGGUCCCUGCAAAUGACAAAGAGUCCAAGCUUAGAGAUCAAAGUGGGAAUGAGGAAUUCCAGCCUGCAUCUGACAUGGUUAAAGUGUGGCAAGUCAUGGAAAUGGAGAUAACUGGGACUUCUGAACAACAUCAGGACUCAGAGAAUUCCCAAAUGACUACACCUGGUGAAGAAAAGAAAGCAGAAACCAGUAAGGUGAGCUUGGAUAGUGGACUUGGGGAACCUCUGGUAAUAUUGGAAGAAUCCGAUGAAAGCUCUACCUCACCCCCAAUUAACAACGUCUUAGAAAAGGACAAGAUGCAAGAGUUCCAGAGGCAUCCAAACGAGGAACACAAGUUACAAGAGCAGCACAAGGUCAACCACCGUCCUCUACCAAAGAUCAUCUCCUUAAGGUCAGCCAGUGAGGAUGAACUCAUCCUUCAAGAUAUGGAGAAAAGGAAAAAUAAGGUGUUCCAGUUGGCCAGGCACUACAGUCAGCGUAUCAAAAACAACAAACCGGUAGUAAGGCAGAGGCCCAAGAUCUUGGAGAACCAUUUCGUGCCCAAGAACCUGUCUUCGGUCAUGGAGGAGAGACCUCCAGGAAAAGAGAAAGGCAUUCCUGACAAGCCACUGUUGCUGAACUUGAAUGAGCAGGACCUUAUCCCGGACUCUACGACUACUAGUCCACCUUCCAGCCUCUGUUCUCCUGGAAGUCCUCAGUUCCUCAAUUGCAGAUUAUACGCUCAGAGACCACAAAGUCCUGUACAAACUGAGACCUUCCACUGGCCGGAUGUCAAAGAGUUGCGUUCCAAAUAUAACAGCCAAAGGCAAGAUGAUGCAUCCACUUCCCCUCGUCCGUUCCCAGUGAGUCGCAGUACUUCAUUUUCAGAAAGAGCUUUGGAGACUGAAUCGGAGAGAUCCGGAGCAUCGUGUUCAUUGUCUUGUUCAUCCCCUUUCUGCAAUAUCACAGUGCAGAGAACUACAUCCAUAGAUUCUACAUGUUCCAGCAAGACCAUUGAAGGUGAAGGUUUGCCUUCGCUGUGUAGAGUUAAUGCAUUUGAUUUCGGCUUGGGAUCCACUAAUGCACAUGAGCAACUGGAGAGAGGUUGCGACGCUGGUCAAGAUGAGAACAACCUCAUUGUAGUAGAGAGGAUCUGCAAGGCCAAGCAUGAAGAGGAUGAUUUAGCAAUGGUUUCACAAUCUGAAUUUGCAAUGGCAAACAGUAAAGAGCACAACUUUAGUGAAUGGAUGGAAAAAGCCGAGAACAGUCAACAUAGUUUGGUUAAAAACCUGCGGGAUAAAUUUCAGAACCUGAGUUCUUAUACGUGAGACUUAUAACGCAAACUUUUUUACUCUUAACACUCAGAACCUUAAAAUAUCUUACAGCUAGCAUUCCUCUCUCCAAAAUAUGUCAUUUGGCCAUCUGUUUGAGAGGCUUAGUAAGUCUUACACAGGUUUGGUGUUCUGUGUUUUUGGAAAGAAAGCAUGACUCUUCAAUUCCAGUUAUGAAUUAUCAGCAGAUGUCGUACAAACCAACUGGAAAAGGGAUGCCUAUGGACCUCAGAGAAUAUAUUUAUGAAAUUUGCAUUUGUAAAUAUAUGUAUAUUAGAGUUUUCCUGUGUAUAUUUCAUUGAGAUGUAAACAUUUGUUAAAGGAGCUGACUGUGGUACUGUAAGUUUUUUGGUAAUGUUUAGAAAAGUGGUUAAAUACGUAUUUUUCUUCCAGACAUUUUGAAAAAAAAAAAACAAUAAGGAAGAAUAUAUAACAGGUCAGUGCAUACUAAGUUACCAAUGUGCCUAUUUUUGUUAGAAAUUUAUUAGUACACACAUAUUUUCACAUGUUUCCGGAAAAGCACUGCAAUAUUAAAUGCAAUGUUAGUUAUUUUGAUAGGCAUUGCCUGAUGUCUCUUCACUGUUUGUGUUCAAGCUCUGACCAGAGGAAAGAGGGUAAUCUCAUAAAGACGUCAUUCCCCACUAAUGAGGAGAAAACUGGAAAUCAUAAUCAGAUUAGGCUAAUGAAUGAUAAACCGUGACAAAGACUGGUGUCAUUUUUAAUCUGGAAUGUUUUCGGUUGGGUGUGUACAGUUUAAAAUUGUCAAAUAGUGCUCAGUUUGACUGAAUGUUUGGUGUCAAAUUAAAAUGCUGCUCUUUUUUGACAACGUAUUGUGCUGUCUUAAUGUUGCUGAUUUUUAAUUGUUAAAGGUCAGAUGUGAUUCCAACUCAUCUGAGAAUUUGCUUUUUGAGCAUUAUGAGAUAAUUCAAGUUAAGGGAUACGUCAUUUGAGCAACAUAUAAUGCACAGUCACGAAAUGUGUUUUGGGUCACGUUUAAUGGGAUAUAUUAUAAGCCAUCUUAUUUUUGGUUGUAUUUUUCUGCUCAUUGGUGGGGUUUAUCUCCGGGCAUGAUGUCACUGUUAUCUUGUAUAUUUAAACUUUUUUUAUUUAUUUGAUUUGGUGUAAAUAUGAUGCACAAUACCUGUGUAAAAAUGUCCAGUUCAUAUCCUAUUUUUCUGAUAUACUACAUUAAAAGAAA